UCCAUCAUGCAUCAUCAUUACCUUUUCUGGAUCGGAGCCAUCGUCUCAUUGGUCACACCACCGCUAAUUGCCAUGGAGACCUGUCCAGCAGCAGAUCCACGGAUGCCAGGCAUUCCAGGGCUGCCAGGUAGAGAUGGACGUGAAGGAGAGAAAGGACAGAAAGGAGAGCCAGGAAUAGCAAGACACAAGGCCAUUGGUCCUCAGAGGGGUGAGAAAGGAGAACCCGGACUGAUGGGGUUCCCUGGUAAACGAGGUCAGAGUGGGGAGCCAGGAGAACCAGGGAGCUCAGGGAUCUCAGGACCUCCAGGAGAACCAGGAGAACCAGGGGCUGUUGGCAUCCAGCAGAAGGCGGCCUUCAGUGUGGCCAGAGGAACCAAUGAGUUCCCUGACAGAGGCAGCAUCAUUCGCUUCACCACAGUCAUCACUAACAUCGACAACGACUACAACACAGAUACAGGACGUUUCAGAUGUCGCGUCGCAGGAACAUACUACUUUGUGUACCAUGCCUCUUUAGAGGAUCGACUCUGUGUGCUGCUAAAGCUGGACCAGAACCUGCUGGCAUCAUUCUGCGAUCACCGCCACCACAAAAGACAAGUGACGUCCGGUGGCCUGGCCGUCUACAUGUCCAGGAAUCAGGAAAUUUGGCUGGAGACCAAAGACUACAGAGGGAUGAGAGGGCAACACAGCGGUUACAGUAUCUUCUCUGGCUUUCUGCUGCACGCUCACUGAACGCAAAUUAACAUAUGAAGCCUCCACCUUCAUCAAAAGGACAUUAUUAUUUUCUGUCACAUAAUAUGAAGAGGUAUCACAUAAAUAAUCAAUUUUUCACUGCAUUUAUUACAGCUUUUCCUUAAAAGGCUUUUUGUGGUUGUCAAAACACUUCAAGUAUUUACUUUUUGACCUCCUGUUACUGUAGGUAAAUUAAAUAUGUUGUAACUGUGUAUUUUUAAAAGAAAAUCCAAUGAAUCCACAUAUACAUUGAAAAAUACAACUUGUUUAUGCAAGAUCUCCU